AUGUUGCUCGAGUUUCAAGAAGCUUCCACAGGUUUCAGCCAGAGCUUUAUCUAUCAUGAUUGCUCAAACAUCACCAAAUUUCCAGAGAUUUCAGGAAAUUUGAAUACACUUAUCUUUGACUGGGAGUUCUAUCGAAGAGAUGGCACACUCAUUAAAGAACUACAAGAACUUCCACCAUCCUUGAACAGUCUAGCAGCUAAUGGCUGUGAAUCAUUAGAAAUCAUAUCAACCAGCACUUUAGGCGAUUCAGGGAGGCAACUGAGUUGUGCAAAUUGCUUCAAAUUGGAUCAGAAGGCAUUGAUGGCAGACAUGCAACUGAAAAUCCAGUUUGGAAACAUCCGAAACUCUUUUCAGAUGGUUUUACCCGGAAGUGAAAUUCCAGAAUGGUUCUGUGAUCACAGUAUGGGAUCUUCAACAACCAUACAGUUUCCCUCAAACCCUCUUAAGCUCAAAGCAAUUGCUCUCUGCUUUGUCUUUGAUUGCUCAUAUACACCAUUCCACCCCAGUUUUUGUUGGCAGGCCAAAAUUAAAAAUGGCGAACAUAAUGAUGUCAUUUGCAGAAAGCGUUAUCCUUGGAUUUACUUUGAGGCGAUGCCUAGUAAAUAUUCUGGCCAUGAAGUUACGGUUGAAUUCCACAUAGGAGAGCUUGGUGAUAUGGCAAUAUCGAAGGGAAAAGGCUUAUCACCAGAUGAGAUUGCUGCUACUUAUUCAAUUCCCGUGAAAGGGCCUGGUUGGGAGGUGGUAAUACCAACUGCAAGUGGAGGCAUGCUCUCUACCCUUAACAGCUAUAUUGUUGGUGAGGAAUCUGAGAAUCCUAGAAAACGGAGCAGGCUGGUUGAUCCUGAUGAUAUCUACCAAGUAUUGAAGAAAAGAAAGAAAGCGAAAGCAGUUAAAGGCAUAUGCCUUGACAUGCCUGAAGCAAUGGAAAUGCAAUUGGAAUCUGAUGCCUUUGCAGGGAUGCCCAGUCUUGAAUUUCUCAUAAUCAAGGGCAAGACAAGUAAAGUGGAGCUUCCUCACUGUGGUCUUGAAUAUCUUCCCAAUCGGCUUAGAUAUUUCCGCUGGGAUCAAGUUGAAAAACUUUGGAGUGGACAACAGAAUCUUGUGAAUUUAAGAGAAAUCAACAUCAGUGACUCUGUAUGUUUGACUGAAUUACCGGAUCUAUCAAAGGCUAGUCAACUACAGUAUGUACUUCUUGAUUACUGCGAUAGUUUAACACAGGUUCCAUCAUACUUUCAAUGUUUUGAGAACCUGGAAGUACUACGUCUCGAUUAUUGUGAUAAUCUUCAGUGUUUUCCAAGGAGGAUUGAUUCAAAUAAUUUCAAAGUUCUUUCAUUAGCCUGUUGCUCAAAUAUCAAGAAGAGUCCACAGAUUUCAGCCAAGAUAGUACAUUUAGAUCUAAGUAGGACUGCAAUAGAAGAACUUCAGCAAUCAUUUAGUGUAGAUCUUCAGCAAUCAUUUGAUGAUGGGACUAUAGAGCUUGAUCUAUCAGGUUGCUCAAACAUCACCAAAUUUCCAGAGAUUUCAGGAAAUUUGACACGCUUAACUUUGGAUGGGACUUCUAUCGAAGAGGUGCCUUCGUCAAUCCAGUUUCUUACAAAUCUUGAAAGGCUACUGAUGAGGAACUGCAAGAAGCUCUCUAGACUCCCAAGCAGCAUCUGUAAAUUGAAAUCUCUUGAAUAUCUAAUUAUAUCAGGUUGCUCAAAACUUGAAAGCUUCCCAGAAAUUAUGGAGCCUUUGGAAUCUUUAAUCACUCUUGAUUUGAGUGAAACUGCAAUUAGGGAUCUGAAAUCUUUAGGAAAUUUGAGACGCUUAGCUUUGGAUGGGACUUCUAUCGAAGAGGUGCCUUCGUCAAUGCAGUUUCUUACAAAUCUUGAAAGGCUACUGAUGAGGAACUGCAAGAAGCUGUCUAGACUCCCAAGCAGCAUCUAUGGAACACUCAUUAAAGAACUACCAGAACUUCCACCAUCCUUGAAAAGUCUAGCAGCUAAUGGCUGUGAAUCAUUAGAAAUCAUAUCAACCAGCACUUUAGGCGAUUCAGGGAGGCAACUGAGUUUUGCAAAUUGUUUCAAAUUGGAUCAGAAGGCAUUGAUGGCAGACAUGCAACUGAAAAUCCAGGAGACGCUUGGUGUUGUUACUGGGAAGGGAUAUCGAAAGGAAGGAAAAGGUGUGGGAUCCAUCUUGUAUUUGAUGAAAAUCCAGAUCAACCCAACAUUUGAAGAUGAGUGA